CCAUUGCUUCAUUCGUUCAUUCGUCAAACCUAUUGCCUCAACUCAACUCUGCUGUGCCUGUGAGUCACUUACCCGUACUCUUUCACAUAUACAGCCAAUUGGGAGGAGUUACGGUGCUAAUUGAAGAAAGCUUUGGACUUUCGUCAACCUCCGUUCUUCCUCUUCCACUCCAUACUCUGCUUGCUGGUUAGUUCCCUUUCUUCUUUUCCUUCUCGCUCUCUUCCUCUCUUAGAAUACUUCUCCUGUUUCUUCUCCCCAGUGGCUCUGCUCUGUGGGACAAAAUCCCCACUUCCUCACCAAUAGGCAAUAGCCCUCUUGCUGGAGUCUUUCUCUUCUAAUCCCUCCGCCACCCAUUCUUCGGCUCUCAACUCUGAGCUCAUGUCCAAACCACGGCGGCCUCACUACCCAGGCGAAUCUCCUCCCGCUGGAUUUCCAAUUCCAUCGUCUGGGAACCGCUGAUCGUGUUGUGGUAUCCAUAUGAUACUUAGAGCAUUGAGCUCCCUACCUUCCCUUCCAGGCAUGCCUUGCAGCUGUUCGACGCAAUGCCCGACUCUUUCCCAGCUCUGUCGACAGCAGAACUAGGCCAAUUGCCCGAACUGGAAUCCCCUAGCUUCUUCCUCGAGGAAGAUGACCCAUUUGAAUCGAAUUCCUCCACGAUGUCAUUUUUCACUACUGGCAGACUGCCACCCUCCAACUAGAGGACCAAGAGCAUGCUGUAAACAAAAAUGGCUCUUUCUUUAGUAGCAGGGUAUUCCUACUCGCUUCUCGGUAAGGGUUUCUCAAUCUCCAACAGUCUCCACAACAACAAUAGCCACCACGCACGAGAUGCAACCUACAUCAAACGUGCGGCCGAGAUUGCCGAUAGCUCAUCUGGGUUCACUUCUCCCCACCCUAAUUUUGGGUGCGUACUAGUUACUCCCUCCGGGAAGGUAGCUGGAGAAGGUUAUCUCUAUGCUCAGGGCACCAGACCAGCAGAAGUUCAGGCAGUUGAAGCUGCAGGUCCCUGGAGCAAAGGUGCAACAGCAUAUCUGAAUAUGGAACCCGGGGAUUGCCAUGGAGACCACACUGCUGCCUCUGCUCUUGUUCAGGCAAAGGUUACAAGGGUGGUGGUUGGAAUGAGGCAUCCAUUGAAACAUCUUCAAGGCAAUGCUAUUCGGGCUCUAAGAAGUGAAGGUUUGCAGGUUGAUGUUCUUGGAGAAGAUUUGCAGAGUAAGAUAAUUGAGGAAGCUCGGAAAUCAUGCCUUGUUGUCAAUACUCCUUUGAUUUACAGGGCUACUUCUCAAGUUCCCUUUUCUUUUCUCAAGUAUGCUAUUACCGCUGAUGGAAAAAUCGCUGCUAGUAGUGGACAUGCAGCGUGGAUAACCAGUAAGGAAUCACGGGCUCGAGUUUUUGAACUCCGUGGUAGAAGUGAUGCUGUUAUUGUCGGAGGAAAUACUGUACGCAGGGAUAAUCCAAGGUUGACGGCUAGGCAUGGUGGGGCUCAUAUGCCUUUGCGGGUUGUAAUGACUAAAUCCCUUGAUCUACCCGAUGAAGCAAAUCUUUGGGAUGUUUCUGAUGUGCCCACCAUGGUUGUAACUCAAAGGGGCGCAAGAAAGAGUUUCCAAAAAAUACUUGCAUCGAAAGGAGUUGAAGUGGUGGAGUUUGAUAUUCUAAAUCCAAGAGACGUUAUGGAAUAUUUUCAUGACCGUGGAUAUCUCUCCAUCAUGUGGGAGUGUGGAGGAAGACUUGCUGCUUCUGCUAUUUCAGACGGCGUGAUACACAAGGUUUAUGCAUUUCUUGCUCCGAAAAUAAUUGGAGGUACGAAUGCACAGUCUCCUGUGGGUGAGCUGGGGAUGGUUGAGAUGACUCAGGCCUUCGAUUUGCUUGACGUUUGCUAUGAGCAGAUUGGCCCAGACAUGCUUAUGAGCGGAUCCCUCCAACCGAUACCAGACCCGACACCUAUCAUCCCGUCAGAGAAUGAGACGUUGGCAAUUGAUCCCACUGUAAACCCAUAUGAACCGAGCAUCAUAUUUUUCUACAAGACAUGGGAUCCUUAUGGAGCAUUUUCAAAUUUUUCUGCACAUUCAAUUAAGAUGCCUGAAGAAAAUGGUGGUAAUGUGACUUGGUCGAGUGUAGAGCACUAUUACCAGGCCAGCAAAUUUAUGGGAGUCAGUGACUCGGGAGCAAAGGACUGUAUUGGGAAGAUAAAAUCGGCUAAGAGUCCUGAAGAAGCAGCAAAAGUUGGGAGGUCAAUGCAAAGGCUGCAUCCUAACCUGGUGAGAGCUGACUGGGAAGAUGUGAAGAUUGAUGUGAUGUACAGUGGAUUAAGGUGCAAAUUCUCAAGUUAUCCUUAUUUGAAAUCAAUGCUACUUGCAACUAGUGGGUCUGUUCUGGUUGAAGCUUCACCGCAUGAUCUUUUCUGGGGUGGGGGCCGGGAAGGGGAGGGCCUAAACUAUCUGGGCAGGCUACUUAUGCGACUGAGAUCCGAGUUCCUCGGUGAAUCUUCUACUUCGAGUGAAAGUACUUGCUUAGCUCUUUAA